AAAGGUGAAUCGAGACAUUCUUAGAUCAUAAACUCGCACGGUAUCUAAUGGCGGGCAUUUGAGAUUCAUGAGAAAGUGUAAACAGUUAUUCUGAAAUGUUAUGACUGGCUUGAGACUUACCGUCGUGUCAGGGGCGUAGUUGAUUUUGUUCUUCUAGUAUCUUUAGAUUUACCAAUAAUGCUCUCUCUGUCAAUUCGUCAGGUCUCUCAGUUUUUACGUGAUGGUUUAUUGUUGCCGAGCAGUUUGUGUGAGGAGUGCUUGGCAAGAUCACGACGCAUUGAAGAGCUUAACGCAUUCAUACGCAUUGAAGAAAAGUUGGCACGCGCACAGGCAUCAGAAUCGAAUAUUCGAUAUAAAGAUGGUUGUCCACAGGGCCCACUUGAUGGUGUCCCUGUAGCAGUAAAAGACAAUUUCUGUACGAAGAAUAUAAAAACAACUUGUGCUUCAAGGAUGUUGCAAGACUUUUGCCCUUCAUAUGAUGCAACUGUGGUGCGGAAGCUGAAGGAAAGUGGUGCAAUCUUAUUGGGGAAGUGCAAUAUGGAUGAAUUUGCUAUGGGGUGUGGCACUGUAGAUUCACUCUAUGGUCCUACUAAAAAUAUCUGGCUUUCAAGAUUCCAAAGUGUAAAAAAUACUCAAGACAAUCCUUUGCAGCGUGAAGAGUUUGACAGUGGCGAUCAUGCCUCUUUCAAAAAACAAAGGAUUCGUGAGUUUCAUACAGUGAGCACCUUGACGCACGCUGCAGGUGGUGAUGAUGAUUGGCACAUAGCAGGUGGAAGCUCAGGAGGGAGCGCUGUUGCUGUAGCAAGUGGAGCUGUGUUUGCGGCACUGGGCUCAGAUACAGGUGGCUCUGUGCGCAAUCCUGCGGCAUACUGUGGCAUUGUAGGUUUUAAACCUACGUAUGGUUUGCUGUCGAGGUAUGGUCUCAUACCUCUUGUAAAUUCAAUGGAUGUGCCAGGCAUACUUACCAGAACAGUUGAUGAUGCAGUAACAAUGUUUAACAUUCUAGCUGGCCACGACCCAAUGGACUCGACUACAGUGCGUAAACCAUUUUCGCCAAUUUGUCUUCCUAAGGAUCUAGAUGUUAAGGGUCUGAGAGUGGGUGUGCCUGCAGAGUACCAUUGCCCUGGGCUGUCCACAGAGGUGCUGGCAGCGUGGACUGAGGUUGCAGAUUUACUGGAACAUAAUGGAGCAGUUGUUUCACAGGUAUCCUUACCACAUACACAGCUGUCAAUAGCAUGUUAUUCGGUUCUGAAUCACACUGAAGUUGCUAGCAACAUGGCUCGCUACGAUGGCAUCGAAUAUGGAUACCGGGCAAAUGAAAGCAAUUCAGCUGAAGCACUCUUCGCUGCUUCUCGCAGAUCUGGCUUUGGUGAGGUUGUUCGCAGCCGAAUUCUCUCUGGGAACUAUUUCCUCCUGAGAAGGAAUUACAACAAGUACUUCGUACAAGCAUUGAAACUGCGAAGACUGAUAGCUCAGGAUUUUGAACAGGUGUGGUCUUUGGGUGUUGAUGUGCUGCUGACACCAGUAACUAUGACUGAUGCUCCAAGGCACUCAGAAUUUGUCAAGCUGGACAAUAGACAACAAUGCAGUAGUCAAGACUAUUGCACACAGCCUGCCAACCUCGCAGGUUUACCUGCCAUCAGUGUUCCAGUGAAGCUAUCCAAAAAUGGUCUACCACUCAGUUUGCAGUUAAUGGCACCCAUGUUCAAAGAAGAUACGUUGUUUCGCACUGCUAAAUGGAUUGAAGAAAGUUUAAAAUUUCCUGCAGCUGAACUAGCCAUGUGAAACAAAUGCAGUGUUACAAAAAGAUUCUGCACCACUGUUCUUUGAUUUUUACUUUAUCCAAAAUGGAUAUGAGACAGAUACAUUUUCAUGGAACUGUCUGGUGUUGGUGAGGCUUUGGGAGCAACAGUGGGACUCGCUCACUGUGUUUGUCAAGAGGAAUAUGGCCUCCCUGGCUGGUGCCAACAGUCUUCGACAUCAAGAAGUUCGACCCAUGUACCACCUGGUCUUAACUUGGUUCAGCGGCUGUGUAACUGAGCAUCUGCAACGUUAGCACUGCUUAUCCAGCAAUGGUAUUGUUUGGCUGCUCCUGUCACAUAUCUGACCAGCUGUCAGCUUCUGGUACACUGAACACCCAAAGUUCUUCACUUCCCUCUUUAGAAUUCCCCAGAGCUGUGUGAAGGAAAUUUAAAUUAUUCUCUGUGAAAUAAAUGAUGGACACAGAAACUAUGAAGAAUUUCUCCGCUCUUGAUGUAUUCUAACCAGGAUAAUUACACACACACACACACACACACACACACACACACACACACACACACACUCACUCACUCACUCUUAACAGUCCUGAAAUCACACCAAAUAAUUUCCAACAUAAAAUUGUGAUGUAAUUCUGGUGUUCCCUUGCAAACAUGUAUGAUAGUAAAUUUCACAAAGUGUUUGUUAUAUAUUUUGUCAGUGUUAACAGCCAAACACAUUUAAAUGUACUUAUGUAUUAUUUGUGAACUGUUUAUUGAACACUGGAUUCACUAGGUUGACAUCAGGAGACUCAAAAUACUUGCAGGUUUAAGGGAACAAUCAAAUACUUAUCUGGGUACCUGUCGUCGAAACAGUGAAUGAUGUAAAUUGUUUUAUCUUGUAGCUCCUCCACUAAGGUUCCCUUCGUUGCAAUGUCAAGCAAUUUGUGACAUGCUAACUACAAAAAGAUUUAUGUGAAAUAAAAUAUUUAACUUCAAAAUAUUUAUUACAGAAAUUUCAGCAUAACGAAACUCGGUCUUGACAUCGCAUAAUCUGAUGCAAACAUGUGUGGGUACCACCACUGAUACUUAUAUAUAGUUACUAUAAUGAAGGUCAAGUUCAUGCAUUUUUAUUUGAGGACAUUUCAUAAAUUAUAAGUAUAGUUUCACAUUCCUGGACAGCUGAUAAAUAAUUCCAGAUUUGUUUUUGUAUGGACUUCCAUGUGCGAUGCUAAUUUAACAGAAAUACAUUUACUAACUUGCACAAAUUUGAUGUCUUAUUUGUUCAAACAAUGCUUCAGAUGAAAAUUUUAAUUACUUCAAUAUUAUCUAAUAGUAUUUUGUUCCUACUAUGUUUUUGCUUUAGUUUUGUUGUAUGCUAUUAAUACAUUCUGAAUGCUGGCACAAAAUUUGUAAGUAUACCAGUCACAGUGUUUGUUUACUUCACAUGACAACUAAUAAGCCUUGACAGUACAGCAUCCAUCCUAAUGCACUGAAAAUACAAAAUAGGUUUACCAGAUACAUACCAAGCAUUGUUUUAUCCGAACAACAGUGUUACAAAGUGUAGAAAACUAGAUAUGCUUCACAUAUCCAGCGAGCUAUAAGACUUUGCUGUCUCCUAAGUGCCUGGUAUUGAUUUGUUCAUUAUGUACUUUCCCAUUCUGCUACAUCAUACAUCCACUUUUAAUAAUGAUGGGUUUGGCAGUAGCCAUUGCUGAAUACUGUUUUUCAUUUCACUGUGCUGUGGUCGGGAUCGUCAUGUGAGGAUGUAUUAAAUAGCAGAAGCAGUUCCUGGUCUGCCACAGCCUAGUUUUGCUUCAGAUUCCUCGUUGACACAUUCUCCCCAUUGUGGAAUUCCAGUUAAUGUUGUGAGCAUUAGGUAAUGAAUUCAAUGGAUUACCAUAUAAGGAUACAGACAGUGUGAUGCGUGAAGGUUCUGGGUGGAUCCAGGGAGCAAGCGCGGAUAGCCGAAGUGGUUAAGCUGCCUGCUAGCGAUAUGUGGGAUAUCGGGGCUCGAGGCCCAGUCUGGCAAAAAUUUUUAAAUUUCACUGUUGGGUAGUAGAUCUAAACAAUAUACAGCUGAUGUCAAGGAAUUCCCAUUCAAGGAAUUAAUUUUGAAUUAUUUUGUACAGCUGUGGAUUGUCAAUAGAGUUUGUUCUUUCAAACAUGCGUGUAAGAAUUAGACAUCUGCCUCGAAUCAUUUAUUCUUGCAGGCAUGUGUGGUGUGACCAAUUGUGACUGUCUCCUUAACAAUAAUAAACAGUGUACUUGCUUUUUCCCAUCUGUCUUGUUUUCAUUUGAUGCGCCCUUUACAUUUUUCCUCCCUUUUCGUGCUACCAAAUUCCACUAUUCCAUAAAAAUUAAAUUUUAAUUUCCCUA